AUGAAUUGUAUGAUACAAAGAUGUAUUAUAUUAACGUAUAGGAGCAACAUUAAUUUUGAUAUUUGUAGAAAAAUACAUACUGUUUUCACAACAUGUAAUCGCCCGUUAACAACACGUAUACUUAUGAUAAAAUCCAGUGCACAAUUAUGUCAUAACAAUUUCUUAUACACUAGUAAAGUUCAGUUUGAAAAAACUAAAUUUAAUUUAAAAUUACUCCCAACCAAAAGUACAGAUGAUUUUUCUAUUACUCAAAUGAAAAAAAGACUCAAGAAAAGGAAACCUGUUACUAAUAAUGAAACAAAUGCUGCAUACAGCGUAAAGGCAUUAGCUACUUCAGAAGAAUAUAAUUUGGAAGCUUUAGUACAAGGUCUCAUUGAGCAAAAGCUAUAUAUGCCUAGCAGUAUAAGAACUAUGGAUAUAAUGCUUAGUUUACCUUCUAAAAAAGAAACUGAAGAGUUGAUAGAAAAAGCAAAAGAUUGGGCACUUGUACAUGGAGUAUGUAUGAGGUCAAAACAGAAAUUGAAUAAAAAUGUCUUACAAUUUGCUCCAUUUAUCUUGAUGCCAUCUCCAUUUCCUAGAAAAGAGUUUGAGAAUGCUUGUCAAAUUCAAAUAGUAUUAAAUAUACUUAUACACAGAGUUGCUCAAGAUUACAAUUUUUUAAAGGAAACUUUAGAAGAAAUAGUUAAAGUUGAUAAUUUUACCGAAAAAUUAUUUGAAAUCUGUAAAAUUAUAAACAGUGAAGGGGGAUCUGCACAGAAAAUAUCUCUUGGUAUAUUGCGUUCAGACUUAAUGUUGGAUACAACUUGUUCACAAAAAGAUAUGAUUAAAAAGUGUCUGCCAUAUUGUUGUUGGAAACAAGUUGAAAUAAAUACAAUUGCAUCUGGCUUUGGUUGGUUAGGACCUGCUUCAACUGAAUUACAUAAAUUUGUAUUAAGAGAGCUUGGGUAUUACAAAGAAAUAAAAAAUCUUCCAGAGAAUAAUGCGUUGCAAAUAAUAUGUUCAAGUAUGAUUAAAGCAUGGAAGAUAUAUGGAAAUGAACAAGCAGUAAUUUUAUUUGUUGUUGAAGAUGUUACAUAUAAUAUAUGUGAUCAACGUUUCCAUGAAUUUGAAAUUAGGAAACAAAAUCCAAAUGUCAGAGUCAUUCGAAGAAAUUUAACACAAUUAGCAGCUAUUGCCAAAUUGGAUUCUAACAAAGAACUGAUAGUGGAGAAUUAUAUUGUUUCUGUAGUGUACUACAGAUCUGGGUAUGAGCCUGGACAAUAUCAUACACAAAAGGAAUGGGAUGUAAGAUUAUUAAUUGAAAGAUCACUAGCAAUUAAAUGUCCCACUAUACAGUAUCAUUUAGCAGGAACUAAAAAAGUUCAACAGGCACUUGCAAAGCCAGGUGUAAUUAGUAGAUUUUUAAAAAAUGAAAAAACAUGUGCAGAGAUUAAAGAAAUAUUCACUGAACUUUAUGCAUUAGAUUUUGAUGAACAUGGAGAUGCAGCCAUAGAAAUGGGAAUUACAGAUCCACAUCGUUUUGUAUUAAAGCCUCAACGGGAAGGAGGUUGCAAUAACAAAUAUGGAUUAGAUAUAAAACAUUUUCUAGAAUCUGUAAAGAAUAAGAAAGACAGAGUAGCUUGGAUUCUUAUGGAUAAAAUUCAUCCACCAAUUCAUAAGAGUUAUAUGAUUAGACCUGACAAUAGUAUCAGUAUAGAACCCCAAGAAUUAGUUUCUGAACUAGGAAUAUUUGGUAUUAUAAUAGCGAAUGGAAAUGAUAUAUAUGUUAAUAAGCAAAGUGGUCAUAUGUUACGGACAAAGUUAGCUACUGCUAAUGAGGGUGGUGUCGCAACAGGAUUGGCUUUACCAGAUGUUAUACAUGCUGUGGCAAAAUAUGAAAUAAAUCAUGAACCCAGAGAAAUUUUCUUUUUUCGAGAAGGUACUAUAGUGAUGUGGAAUAUUUCUGAAUUUGAAUGUGAUAAUGUAUUAAAAUUUUUGAAAAAAUACGAACAAAAUCGUUAUACGGAAUAUAUUGUAAAAUCUGAAAGUGAAUUAAUGUGUUACGGUUAUGCUGAUUAUGGAAAAAGAAAUCACAUAAAGGAUGGUAACAUUAUUUUGGAUUUAAAUGCAACAAAGUUAGACAAAUACACAUUUUCAAAUGCAAUGGCACAGUCAGUCAAGUUAGGUAUAUGGGAAGCAUCUUUAGAUCAUUAUAUAGAUUCCAUAGCAUUUGUUACUGAAGAUUUGAAAGCUGGUAAAAAGCUGAGAAUGACUCAACAUGAAGUAUUAAAAAAACAAGGGGAAUUAUUUGCUUUGCGACAUUCAAUUAAUUUAAGUUCAGAUUUAUUAGAUACUCCAGAUUUCUAUUGGGAAAGAGAAAAUUUAGAACGUCUUUAUCAAGAAACUUGUUCGUAUUUUAACAUUGCAAAACGCACAAGAGUAAUAAACGAAAAAUUAAAUCAUUGUGUCGAACUUGUGGGAAUUUUAUCAACGCAUUUAAGUGAUCGUCAUCACAUUCGUUUAGAAUGGAUGAUUAUUGUUCUUAUCAUGGUCGAAGUCAUUUUUGAAAUAGUACAUUACGUCGAAAGUAUUAUUACACUGGAUUGUAAUUACAAUUGGAUAAAAAAAAAAGAAUGGAGGAGAGUGUUCUCUCUGCUGUUUUCUUUCCCAAUUCGACUUUCAGCUAAUUCAAUAGGAACAUUCUGUAGGUGUUUCUUAGACUAAUGUGUAUUAUAAGGUGCUCGUGAUGUUUUAAAUGAUUUCGAAAUUCCAUUAAGUUAAACGAUGGACAUGACAGUGAAAGAUAUAAGUGGAGGAACCAGAUGGGUCUGUCCAAAUGACAGACAUCUAUCACUGAGAGCGAAGUUGCAGACAGGUUGGUCUGUAAAAACUGGUUCGUUGGAUUCGAAAUGGAGCACUUAUUCCAAUUCCUAUUCAAGUGGUACGAAUCAAUGUGCGCAGUCAUUUGUACUAAGCGACGAGGAACAACAAACAAUUAUACAGGUCAUCCAGAGAGCGGAAGCUUUAAAUUUAUCCGAACAAGAAAGGAUUGGCAGAUUAGUAGAAAGACUGGAGAAUAUGAAACGCAAUGUCUGUAUCGUUACGGCGACAAGAUUAAAUGAAAAGAAACGGUGCGGCAGCAAGUGCUUCAACAGCACGCACUGCGUGUGCUCUUGUGCUCUUUGCGGGGAGAAGUUCGGCACAGUAUUAGGGGCAUCGUCGAAUCUUUGUAAAGAUUGCCGAAAAUACAUAUGCCAGAAAUGCGGUAUCGAGACUAAUGAAUUAAGCUCGUCGCUUUCGAACAUUUCCACAACGAGAGAAAGAACAGACGAGAGAACAGCCAUGCAGCGAAUCGUUAGGAGGUCUAACAAUGGCCAGAGGCAAUUUCUUUGUCGAAUCUGUGCCGAAACUAGAGAAAUGUGGAAAAAAAGUGGCGCUUGGUUCCUCAGAGGGAUGCCAAAAUACAUUUUACCAGAGAAAAAGGAACGAGGAUGGUCGAGAUCUAUUCACAAGACAUCCACUUGGACAAUUGGAGGUAAUAAAUCCCUCGAAUCUACAGAACCCCAAGAUUCUUCCUCCGAUGAAGAAGCAACACGGCGCCUGGCUUUAGCUCGAGGACAGUCCAAUUCAUUCUCAAGCUUACAAAGGAAUCAAGACGGUGUUACUAGCAAAGCUCAUUCGUCAUCGUUAAAUUCUGCUCAAUCAGCUAGUAGUAGUACAUCUAAAUCACGAGGGCAACGACUCUCGCCGUUAAACAGCCGUGAGGAAUGUUUAGAUCAAUUGGACAGAUCUACACUGUCUAUUACUUCUCAAUGCAGUCGUCUCUCACCGUCUUCCACAAGCCCACGUUCACGAAUAUCCCCAAGAACUAACAGCAAUGAUUCUCAAAUCGAGCAGCACGUGUCGUUCGAAGAUGAAAUUAUCGAUGAAAAGAACAAGAAGCUUGACGAUAUUAACGAAGCUGCUCGUAAAUUAGAUAUCAGUUCCUGUGAUCAGUCUUCUAGGUCUCCUAGAUCUCCUAGGUCUCCUAGGUCUCCUAACAGGUUGAAUUUUGCAACAGUUCCAAUGAUAUCGACAACGACAACGACAAUUAUGUCAACGGAACAAGUUCCAGAACAGUCUCAACAGAUCUACGAGAAACGCACGGAUCAGGAAGGAAGUCGAUCCUCCUCGGAACAAGGAAAUCUUUGCAGCAACAAUCAAGUUGAUUUAAUACGACAACAGAUGCCAGAAUCUGCAGAAACGAAGCAAAAUUAUGGAACUCUGGAAAUCUCUUUGCGAUACGAUCCAACAGCUCAGUGUCUUUACUGCAAAGUAGAACGAGCACGAGGUUUACAACCAAUGGAUAUUCAUGGCCUUGCCGAUCCGUUCUGCAAACUCAACAUAUUACCAGUGAACACAGUUUCAACUACGAAGCGACUUCGAACAAAGACAGUGCACAAAACGCGGGAUCCGGAAUUUAACGAGACUUUGAAUUUUUAUGGGACAACAGAAACUGAUAUAUGGAAUGGCAAGGCACUGCACAUCUUGGUUCUUCAAGACGAUCCGGCAGGUCAAGACUUCUUAGGGGAAGCGAAAUUUCCUCUGCAUGAAUUACAACCACGUCAAAUAAAACAUUAUAAUGUUCCACUGCAAGAUCAUUAUCCAACACUAAGAUAUAAGAGCUCGACGUUGGCAUAGGUGGACAACGAAGAAGCAGCUUGGGGCGUGUCUUCCAGUGGGCGAGGACAGAUUCAAGUGAGUCUAAGUUACUGUACAAGGCGACGAGCAUUGACAGUCACAAUUCAUCGAGCUAGAAAUCUUCUUCCUAUGGACAGUAACGGAUUUUCUGAUCCAUUUGUCAAGCUGUGCCUUAUAGAGAACAUGGCAAACAAUCAUCGACAACGUAUCUUCGACUAUUCAAUCGCACGUAUUACUGCUAAAAAGCUAGUAUCGAAGAAAGCCACAGGUCGUAAUGUACAAAGUACAACGAUUAAAUGGAAAACUUUGAAUCCAGAAUGGAAUGAAGAGUUUUCUUUCGCUACUCGAUUAACAGACCUUAUGAAACUCACCUUAUGCCUUACAGUAUGGGACAAGGAUUUUGGCAAAAGUAAUGACUAUCUUGGUAAUGCAUUAAUUUUCUUCAAUUUAAUAAUUACGUUGCUAUAUGUCGUAUUAAAGAUUUAUUAUGGCAAUAUUUCUCUUACUUUUGUUUAGGUGGACUUGAGCUAAGUUGUAAUAGCAAAGGAGCACGAUUACGACAUUGGAUAGACGUAAUCAAAUUUCCGGAUCAUCGUCAUCAAGCUUGGCAUAACUUAAUCGAUACUAUUUUACCUGUUUUAAAUUAUUGAAGAAGUUAAUAUACAAUUAAUCAUUUCCACUUUCACUAGAAUCUUCUUCAGCUUCCUCUAACCAUUUAAUAAAUGGUUGUAUUGCAACUCUCACUUUGUUUUUCUCAUAUGAAUCCAUGUCUUUAUCACUAGAUUUGUACCAUUCUAAAAUUUUUUCUUCUGAUAAUACAUCUCUAUCAUAAAGCAUAUGCAACAAAACUUGCAAACAUGAUAACAAUUCUGGAGUUGUACUUGCAACCUCUUCUAUUGCAUGUAAACAGUCAUUUUGUGCAUUUUCUGUUUUAACAUAAUUCAAUAUAAUUGGAUAAAAAUAUGUUAUUACACGCUUUAAAUUUCUAUGAUAGUCUAUACUAGUUUCUUUCUCUUCUGAAAGAUGGAGAGGUAAACUUAAUAUGGCUUUAAUAACAUUAUAUGUUACUUCGUCCAUAGUAACAUUAUAUGCGUAUCUAGAUGAAUUUAUUUCUAAAAUUAAAUUUUCACACUUAAGUUGAUCUUGGAAGCCUCUUAAUAAACUAUCAAUAACCUCAGAUAAGAACAUGCUUAUGUCAUCUGCAGCUGGCAAAUUACAAUCAGAAGCUUCAUCAAUACUUGAUGUAUCUGUGUUUGUAUGUACAUUAUUAUCAUUUUCCAGUAUGUCAUAAUUUUUAAAGAGAUGAAAUUCAUUAUAUGGAUCAAUUUCUGAUAUUGUUUUUGUAGAAAUUUUAUCGUCUUUUGAUUCUAUGAUAGAGUCAAUAUACUCCAUUGGAGUAUAAAUAAUCGUUUUGGGACGUAAUAUACAUCCAUCUAUUCUUGUGUUUUGUUUAAUGAAACAAUUUGAAAAUAUUACACUAUUUAUAAUGGUACAGUUAUCUUCAAUUUUAUUAUCUGAGAAAAUGUAAGAAUUCUUAAUUGUUACAUUAGACCCCACUAAACAAUGAUCUCCAAUAACUGCUUUUACAACUAAAGUAUCAUUCCCAAGUGUACUAUUUUGGCAUAAUAUACUAUCUUUCUCUAAUAUACAACCUUUAGCAAGAGUAGCACUUCUAUGUUUAUACGUGCUUCUUGGCAUAUAAAUAAAAUCUUUUAAAAAUGGAACAGCAUUUGGUGUAAGUGGAAAAGUAUGUCUGUUCAGGAUAUCUCGGUUAAGACAGUGAUAUGCAUUCCAUGAUACAAUCGGCAGACUAUAAUCUUGUGGAUCUAAUUGCUGCCAAUAUAUUCGAGAAUUUAAAAUUUCUUCAUUCAUUAACACUCCGCGAAUGAAAUCUUCCAUCGUCUGGAAAUCAAAAUUGUCAGAGAAUAAUGGUAAUACGGAAGGAGAACAUAAAUAAACAUGACUAUCCAAAAAACAGGUAUUAAUUUCAAUUUCAUUAUGGUUCAAAAACCAAUCUAAUUCCAACUUUACUUUAUUUAAAUCUUUCGUUAAUACAUUAUAAUGUAAAAUCUUUCUACUACUUUUGUCAGAAACUACCAAAUAUAAUUUUUGUCUCAAAGAAGAUCCAUUUAUGGAACCAAUGUUUCUUAACACCAUGGUCAUGGCUGUACCUUUGUCUUCCUUCAGCUUUGCGCAAUGUUUGAUUAAAAGAUUUGUAAGAUUGGCAUUAAUAAAUGCGUCUCCUCUAAUAAGUAUAAAAUUACCACGAAUGGAACCUUUUGUAUCAAUAUCUCUGAGAGCAUCUCCAAGAGAAGUGCAAGCAUCUGAUACAAUUAAAGAAACUGAUAUUUUAAGCCAUUUCUUCUGUUUUAUAUAUGCUUUUAUUAAGUCUACAUGGUUGCUACAGUAAAGAAGUAAUUCUUGCACUCUCGACUUAAUUAGAGUUUCCACUAAAUAAUCUAACAGUGGAACAUUUAUUAUAGGCAUUAAUAUUGUUGGGAAUAUAGUCUCUGCAGGCAUCAAAUUCGUUACAAAAUCAUCUGCAAGAACAACAGCCUGUAUAAUUUGCUUCUUUCCCAUUUUUGUAGCCAUUUCGUUUUAUUUGAAUUUUUUAUAGUCCUCAAAGUAAUAAAUACAAAAUAUUCAUUAUAGAUUACGAAAUAUUGGACAAUAUUUUUAUGUCGUUUCAAGCACAAAAUUUAUUUUCACAUAUACGUGAAAAUUAAGUAAUAUAGAUGCUUUUCCGUUGUUUUUUUCUUUUUUUUUUUAAUUAAUACAAUUGAUUAAAACAUAAAUGAAAUUCAAGAACAGUAUGGAAUAGACUCUAGUAACAAUAUUUACACUGA